UGUGGGGGUCGCUGCGCCAAUGUGUGUGUGUGUUUGUGAGUUUGCCCUUCAGUCAAACUAUAACGGCAGUUUAUUGCAGUCUCAAAGAAACAGCUAAGCGAAUGUAGGGGGAGAUCGAAAGAGCUAAAACGAGUGCCGCCGCCGUCACCUUAUUUAGCAGCAAGAAAAAACAACAAAAGCAACAACGACACCGGCAUUGGCCCAGCAGCAGCAAAAAAGAAAAAACAAUAACAAAAACACGCAACGACGGUCACAUUCCUAGCAGACAGCUCCAACGUCAAAAGCUCUGCAGGUGAGCCUCCAACGACGCGACAGCGACGCCGGCGACUGCUGCGCUGCUUUUGCACUGAGAAAAGUAAGCAACAGUAACAUGGCAGUUAACGCAGUUAACAAAAUGAAGCGUAUGCUAACUUGGUUUAUCAUUUGCCUGACAACGCAACUAGCGAGCUCUGAAACAAACUUGCCGCCCGUGUUUACGCAAACGCUGAACAACAUUGUGCUCUAUGAGAAUGUGCCAGUGGGUACAGUGGUGUUUCGCUUGGAGGGCUACGAUCCGGAGAGCAGCAAUGUUACCUUUGGCUCCAUAGGCUCGGAUCAUUUCAGCGUGGAUCCAGUCUCAGGCAAUAUAACGCUAGUGAAGCCACUGGAUCGCGAGGAAAAGGAUAGCUUAACAUUUCUAGUGUCCAUACGGGAUCGCGUGGAUGCAGCAGGUGAAUCGGAGCAGGAUAAUGUAGUGGAGCAGCCCAUAACAUUUAUUAUACUGGAUGAGAACGAUAAUGCGCCAGAGUUUCAAAAUACACCCUAUGAAACGGAUGUAAAUGAGGACGCCGCUGUGGGCACUACUAUAUACAAUAAAAUACUUGUAACCGAUCGCGAUACCAUUGGCGACAGCUUGGACUUGAAGUGCUUGCCACAGCAGCAAAGCCCCGAGGCUUGCAACAAAUUUCGCCUGCAGCUGCUGAGCCGCGAGGCAACGGUGCUAACUGCCGCUGUGGUGCUCAACGAGACGCUCAACUACAAUCAGCGCAUGAUUUAUCAUUUCCAGCUGGAGGCAAGCGAUGGUCUGCACAAGACGCAAACAACGUUCGAGGCGCGCGUCAAGGAUGUGCAGGAUAAGCCGCCCGUGUUCCAAGGCUCGCUCUCCACAGUCAUUGAUGAGGAUAGUGCGAUUAACACUUUGGUGCUCACAGUGCAUGCGCGUGAUGGCGACACUGGCGAACCACGCAAAAUUGUCUACGAUUUGAUAAGCAAUCCCAGCGACUAUUUUCUUUUGGACUCACACAGUGGAGAGUUGCGCACAGCCAAGCCCUUGGAUCGUGAGGCGCUGGCUGAUUCCACGGGACUCAUUACAUUAGUCAUACGCGCACGUGAGCUGGUCAACGGUGUGCCCAGCGAUGAUGCAUUGACCAGCGCGACGGCACGUGCUACUGUCACCAUACGCGACGUGAACGACUCACCGCCCACGUUCAACAAGAAGGAGUACGAGGUGGCGCUGCUGGAGAAUACGCCAGUGGGCACGCCCUUGGCGCUGGACAUGAGUGUCAGCGAUGCAGAUGUGGGUGUUAACUCAAAGUUUGCGCUGCGCUUGGAGGAUGUCUCAGGUGUGUUCGAUGUGGAGCCCAAGCUGGUCAGCGGCUACUCGCAGGUGAACAUACGCGUAGCCAAUGGCACGCUGGACUAUGAGAAUCCCAAUCAGCGCAAGUUCAUAGUGCUGGUCAUAGCCGAGGAGACGGACACCAAUCCCAAGCUCAGCUCGACGGCCACCAUUACAGUGAGUGUGUUGGAUGCGAAUGACAACAAGCCGAGCUUUGAGCUGGAGAGCUACUCAGCGAGUGUGUCGGAGGCAGCGCUGCCAGGACAGUUUAUUGCCACCAUCACAGCCAAGGACAUUGACUCGGGCAGCUAUGGGGAUGCGGGCAUACGUUACAGUCUCUCCGGCACGGGCGCCGAGCUGUUCCAUGUCAAUGAGCAAACGGGCGUCAUUACGCUCGCCGAUUGUCAGGAGCAGCAGCAGCGCAACAGGCGCCAGCGACGUGACCUACAUGACAACGAACACGCACUUCAAAUGCUCAGCUUGGAGGCGAACCCACAAGAACAGCAGCAGUCGCAGCAGCAGCCGCAGAUUAAUACUGAGCCCAGCGUGCAAUACACCUUAAUCACGCAGGCGGACAAACAACCACAGACAACAACAAUGGCUACAACAAUUGAACCAACAACAACGACGACGAUUGGCGCCGAAGACGCUGUGGCAACUGCUAAUGACGCCAAAGCCGACAGCAGCAGCAGCAGCAGCCGCCAGGCGCCUUCGACGUGUCUGGAUUAUGAAACGGAGACCACGUACUUUUUGUCCUACAAGGCCACCGAUGACAAUGGCCAAGGUCAGACUUCUGUAGUAUCGCUGCGCAUCUCUGUGACUGAUGCCAAUGAUUCGCCGCCUGUGUGCGAGAGUCCUUUGUAUCGCGGCAGCGUGGACGAGGGCGCGUUAGUCUUCGACUCGCCUUUGGUGGUCAAAGCGCGCGAUGCGGACACCAUGUCAAGCAUAAGCUAUCGCAUUAUAGGCUCGCCACAGAUUGAGAGCAUCUUCGACAUAGACAAGCAAAGCGGACAGAUAAGCAUACGCUCCAAUGCCAGCCUGGAUGUGACGACGCUCAAGAGCGAUCAGCUAAUCUUUGUGGUUGAAGCCAACGAUGGUUUGUUCACUGCCAACUGUGGCGUCAACAUAACCGUGCGGGAUGUGAACAAUCAUGCGCCCAGCUUCGUGCAGCAAAGCUACAGCGCUGUGGUCGAGGAGAACUCAGAGAUUGGCACUAGCGUGGAGAAGCUGCAGGCCACAGAUCUGGAUACGGGCAAGAAUGCUGAGCUGCGCUAUCGCAUACAGCAGGGCAGCUUCGAUGACUUUGGCAUUGAUGAGCGCACGGGCGAGGUGUUCGUCUCACGUAAACUGGACUACGAUAGGCGCAAUACGUAUCAGCUGCAGGUGCAGGCGGCGGAUCAGGGCACGCCCAGCUUGACAGGCACCUCCACUUUAACCAUCAAUGUGCAGAACAGCAAUGACAAGGAUCCUUACUUUGUGCCCGCCACGCAGCAUGCGGAAGUGCGCGCCGAUGCGCCCACUGGCCAACUGGUGUACACGCUGAUUGCGCUCGAUCCGGAUGUGGCUACGCAUAAUGCGCUGGAGUUCGCAGCCACUGAUGAUAUCACCGCCAUUGAUAAGGAGGGCAAGGAGCUGCCGCAGAGCGAGCAGUUCAAGGAAUAUUUUGCCAUUACACGCGCUGGCAAAGUGCUCGUCAAUCGGCAGCUGGAUCGCAAUUUGUUUGCUGUCAUGCGCAUCAAUGUGCUGGUCACGGACAGCACAGCGCCCAAUGUGCAGCAAGGACGUGGACUGCUCAUAAUACAGAUUAUAGAUGUGAACAAGAUACCACCGCGCUUCAAUGCACCUUGGACGCCUGCACAGCCGCUGAUUAAGCUGCAAAUGGUGGAGGAGCAGCCAGUGGGCACUGUGUUGACCACUUUGCAGGCCAGCGAUGAGGACUCCAGCAUUGGCGAGUUCAACAUAAGCGUCAAUAACUAUUUUGCCAUAAAUGCAACCACAGGCGUUAUUUAUACAACGGCGCGGCUGGACUAUGAAGCAGUGAAGGAGGUUAAGUUUAUGGCUACAGUAAGCGAUACGGGCGUACCAGCGUUAACAGCUACGGCGGAUAUUGUAGUGGAUAUUAUUAAUCUGAAUGACAAUGAGCCGCAGUUUAGUCGCAGCGAAUAUCAAUUUAAUAUAACUGAGAACUCACCGGAGGGCACGCUGGCGGGUCAGGUGCAGGCGCAGGAUGCAGAUGUGGGCGCGUUUGGUGAGCUCACCUAUACGCUCAUAGGCGAGAAUCACAAAUACUUCAAUGUGGAUCCGUAUACGGGCAAUGUGCGUGUGGCUAAUGCUAGCAUUUUGGAUCGGGAGCAGCUUAAGCAGCUCACCUUGACUGUGGUGGCGCAGGAUAAGGCGCCAGCUACAGUGCAAAAGUCAGCAACAGCAACUAUACACAUUAACAUAUUGGAUGUGAAUGAUAAUGAACCUGUUUUCACACGCGCUGUUUACAACUCGACGGUAUCGGAGAAUGCAGCUUAUCAGCCGCCUGCAGCGCUGCUGCAAGUGCAGGCCAACGAUCAGGACGAAGGACUCUUUGGUGAUGUGCGCUAUGUCAUUACAGCUGGCAAUGAGCUGGCGCUCUUUACGCUCGAUGCACAAACGGGCAUUGUGUAUCCAGCGCAAAGUCUUGCGGGCAAAGCGGGCAGCUAUAGAUUGACAAUUUCAGCGCGUGAUACGCAGGGCUCGGGCAGCAAGGAGAGCAACGCUGAGGCGCUCAUUACUGUGCUGCGUGUCAAUCGCCAUCGUCCAGAGUUCAUUAUACCCGCGCUGUCGAAUGCAACAAUUGAAAUUCCCGGCGACAUAGUGCAGGCGGACUAUUUGCUAUUAACUGUCAAGGCUGUGGACAAUGAUACGGACGAUAGCGUUAGCUAUCACUUGCAGCUGAACAAUCAGAAUGUGCAGCAGACACAGGAGUUUAAAAUAGACCAGCACAGCGGCGAACUGCGCGCCAAGCAGCAGCUGAAUCGCAAACAGCGCGCCAACUAUGAAAUUGUUUUGGUUGCACGCGAUGCUGGCAAUCCGCCUUUUGAGUCGCUGCGUCUGCUUAGCGUUAGCAUUGUGGAUGCCAAUGAGAAUCGUCCAGAGUUUCCCGAUGCAGCGAAUCCGUAUCAAGUGUCUAUAAAUGAAAACAGUGGACGCGAUGUUAAAAUUGGACAUAUACAAGCCGCUUCGCGUAGCAAACAUAAUCGCGAUAUAUUCUACUAUAUGCUGCUGGGCAAUGAGGAUGGCGCUUUCUAUGUGGACAAGCUCACGGGCGACAUCUACACCAACAAGAGUCUGGAUCGUGAGCAAACUGAUGCGUAUACGCUUUAUAUACUCGCCAGCAUUAAGUCUGAUUUGCAUAUAUCCGAAGAGGAGCGCGCUUCGUUCUCUAUAAAAACACUUAAUCGAGAUAAUACUGUAGCCAAAGUAGCCAUAACUGUGCUGGAUGUGAAUGAUAAUGCGCCCAUAUUUGAGAAAUCCAUUUACUAUGCUGGUGUCAAUGCCAAUGCCAAGAUGAAUGCUGCCAUUACUUUAGUGAAUGCCACAGAUGCGGAUCAGGGCAAGAAUUCCAAGAUUGAGUACAUGAUUGUUGCCUCGAAUCUUUACAAGUUUGACGCCAGCAAAUCCACGGGCUCCAUUGUGCCCAGUCCCUUUGCCAUUUCGCAAGACGGACGCAUUACGGCCAAUACUAUAAUGGCGGAGUACAAUCAAGAUCGCUUCGAGCUGGAGAUUGUAGCGCGUGAGCUGGAAGAGCCGCAGCGUUCAGCCAACACUAAAGUUAAUAUUUGGGUAUUCGAUGGCACGCAGCUGGUGCGUGUGAUACUCUCACGUCCACCCGAGGAGGUUUAUCAGGAGCAGGAGGAAAUCAUUGCCGAGCUGCGCAAUGCUACGCAGCAUCGCAUUAUUGUAGAUGAAAUACGUUUCCAUUUGGAUUCCAUUGGACGCAUACGCAUGGACUGGUGUGAUUUGUAUUUCCAUGCGGUGGAUCCACAAACGCAACAAAUUGCGCCCGUUGAUGAAAUACUCAAGGAUAUUGAUAGAAACUAUGAUUACCUAAAGGACUACUAUGCUGGCUUUGCCAUAGAGAAUGUCGUGCCCGCUUAUAUAGCAAUUGUGCAGGAUGAAUUCGAUUUAGCUGUCGCCGGUUUGGUUGCUUUGGUUAUUGUGCUCUUUGUUGGCGUUAUUAGCUUCAUUGUGCUCUGCUGCUGUCUUAAGCAUUGGAAUCUAUCUGUGCCUGUGGAAACGCGUCGUAAGGAAGCGCUCAUCAAGAAACAAAUCAUUGAGGACUUGAAUACCACAGAGAAUCCGCUUUGGAUAGAACAAAAACUCAAGCUGUAUGAGGAGCAGGAGCUUACCAUGCAAGUAUUUUCGGAGCCUGAUCAUAUAUCCAACUCGGAGGCACCUGGCCAUUUGGAACAUCGCAGCUCGCUGGAGCAGGUGCAUCAUGGUCAGUCGGUGGACAACACUUAUGCCACCAUACAGCCGCGCAACAAUCAGAAUCGUCUAAACGCUGGCAGCAAUGGCGGCGCCGGUUCCAUUUCCAUGCGUGGCACUGCUGGACCAGCAAGCGCUGGCGGCAUUGGUGGCGCCGGACUGAUCCUAGCGCGCGUUGAUCCGCAUGGCAAUGAUUUUUCAGACUAUGCCACGCUACGCAAUAAUAGAGCGCCAUCGAUGUACGAGUUUACGGGCUCCACAUUCCAAGCACCUAUACGGGAUGGUGACGAUGCCGUCGCUGAGCUUAUUUAAGUCGCAACUAAUUGCAGCAAACGACAAAACUUGUAAAUUAUAUAGUAGCUGUCUAUAUAGAGUUAUAACUUAGCUGUCGUUUAGUUCAACUGAUCUGAUUUUCUUUGCAUUUUUUUCUUGUUUGCCGCAAUAGUUUUUAUUUAUAUAAAUGCAUAUAUAUAUACAAACAAAUUAUACAUAAACUUAUACUUAGUACAUAGUAUCUUGUAUGCCAACUAAUCAAGCAAAGUAAAUCAUAAACGAUUAUUAAUAUAUACAUUAUGUAAACAGCUACAAAAUGUCCCCCAUAGUGGAAUCUAUCCCGCAUAAAUAAUGACAAUAAUAUAUAUGAAUAUAUUGACGAUGUCUAUAUCUAGCAUAUUAUAUAUAAGUGUUUGCUAGCAUACAUAACACUCAAUUGCAAUGAUUUCUCCAAUAACAACGCGAUAUUAGUUUAAAAUGCCACAACUAUUGUAUUAUUAAGUUGUACUCAAACAAAACAAAACAAAAAAAAAGACUAAAUUAUUUGCUCUUCCAUUUCGUAUUACGUUUAGUUUUUUCUUGGCAACGUUAACUGUUAGCACUAAGUUGUUAGUUUAAUUAGCCGCGCUUGCUCAUAUAUUUAAGUUGUAGUCUUAAUUAAAUUAAAUUGUAAUUGUCCAUAACUUUGUACAAAACAGAGUCAAAACAUUAUUGUUUGCAUUUACAUAUACAAAAAUACAUA